UAAUCUUGCGACAAACGCAACCACAGAAACUGGAAUGAGUACAGAUGGUUGCCAAAAUGAUAUAUCUACAGCGAAUGUGAAAGCAACUGAACACUCAAGAAAAGAUCAAAGAGUAAACAGUAUCAUUGCCCAACAUGCACUGCAUAAUGAUCAAGGUCACGGUAAUGGAGAAAACCAUAUGAAAUUCCGACGUGGUCUUCUUCAAUUAAUGAUACAUACCAUAGAUCCUCUUCACGAUGGUAAAUUAGAUGAAAAAGCUACUCAAUUGCACGCGAUAGCUUCAUUAAAAGUUUUACUGGAUGCAACGAAAUCCCAUGGUUUAAGUUCAACUUGUGAGUCUCUCGAUAGUAAUGAAUUUAAAAAUUCAAUGUCAGAACAAAAUCCAGUAAAACAAAAAAUUGAAAAAAUGAAUGUUAAUGCUUCAGUAAUGGAGAGUUCCACUAGUGGUCAUAAUAUUUCGAAUAGAACAUCGAUGGAAAAAAAUGCAGUUUUGGAUAUGGUGGAAGAUAAUAAUGCAUCUGACGCACUUGAUAUGAGCUGGCCAAGUACUUCAAAAAAGCGAAUGACUUACAUUUUAGUAGCACCUAUUCUUUUUCCGUUAUGGCUAACCUUACCAGACACUAGAACACCAAAAGGCAGAAAAUUUUUUCCUGUUACAUUCAUAGGGUCCAUUUUUUGGAUUGCUGCUUACUCAUAUCUAAUGGUUUGGUGGGCCAACAUAGCUGGUGACACAGUAAAAAUUCCCCCAGAAGUAAUGGGGCUUACAUUUUUAGCAGCUGGCACAAGUAUUCCCGACUUAAUUACUAGCGUUAUUGUAGCAAGAAAGGGAUUUGGUGAUAUGGCGAUAUCUAGUUCAGUGGGCAGUAACAUUUUUGAUGUUACAGUUGGACUGCCAGUACCAUGGUUUCUGUACGGAAUGAUUUAUGGAACGCCAGUCGAAGUUAACUCUGUUGGAAUGGUCUGCAGCAUUUCAAUUUUAUUCUGUAUGCUUCUCUUCGUCAUUAUCAGCAUAGCUACAUUUAAAUGGCGAAUGAAUAGAGGAUUGGGCUUUACAAUGUUUUUAUUAUAUUUUUUAUUUGUAGCAGUGUCAUUAAUGUUCGAAUAUGAAAUUAUUGUUUGUCCCGUAUAAUGAAUAGGAAUUUAAUAGGAAAAGCGUGAGUUGUUAAUUUUGUUUACAAAUUUUAAAUCAUUGUAAAUAUUGUAAAAAAUUAAAAGUUAGAAAUUACAAUUUGAAAAGUUUGUUGUUGCGAAAGUUCAUGAAUAAAAUACGUAAGACAAUGUUUUGUCUGAAGUGCUAGCGUUA